CACCUCAACAUCUCAGCUGCACUCAAGCUCCCAGCCACACUCUCAGCCACACUCCUGGUUCCAGAGCAAAAACAUGGCUUUUACCGGAAAGUACGAGGUCGAGAGCCAAGACAACUAUGAUGCUUUCAUGAAGGCUAUUGGCAUCCCUGCUGAGACCAUUGAAAAGGGAAGGGACUUCAAGUUCACAACAGAAGUCGUGCAAAACGGCAAUACCUUCACUUGGUCCCAGAUCUACCCAGGACACACAAUGACCAACACUUUCACCAUUGGACAGGAGUCUGAUAUGGAAACCAUGAGCGGGAAAAAGUUUAAAGCAGUAGUUCAGAUGGAAGGUGGGAAAAUCGUUGUGGACUUUGGGAAGUACAAACACACCUCUGAAAUCGCUGGGGGGAAACUAGUGGAGACAUCAGUGGCUGCUGGAAAUACUUUCACAAGAAUCAGUAAGAGGUUGGCAUAAGUCUCCAGAUGUGCUUUUUUCUUUGCCAGCAUUUCUUUCUUACAAAUAAACCUUUUUAAACAAAUAA